AAAACCGUCCACUUAUACAAAACAAAUAAGAGAAAAACAAAUACAAUAUUAAAUAUGCCCAACAUUGUCUGUCCAAUCAAGUGAGAUUUCUUCUAAAGACGACCCACACUCACACUCACACACACAUACACACACAAAUACACACACUCAGUAGAGUGAGUGACAAGAAAAUUGACAGAAGGACAAGGAUAUCAUCAUCAGACAUCAUCAUUGUUGUAAUCAGGAACCUGAGCUGAAAUUGUUGCCAUGGGUCGCAAAAAAAUUCAAAUAUCACGCAUCACCGACGAACGCAAUCGACAGGUGACCUUCAACAAACGCAAGUUUGGCGUCAUGAAGAAGGCCUAUGAACUGUCGGUGCUAUGUGAUUGUGAGAUUGCUUUAAUCAUAUUCUCAUCGAGCAAUAAGCUCUAUCAAUAUGCCAGCACCGAUAUGGAUCGAGUCCUGCUCAAAUAUACGGAAUACAAUGAGCCGCACGAGUCGCUGACCAAUAAGAAUAUUAUUGAGAAGGAGAACAAAAACGGAGUCAUGUCACCGGAUUCGCCUGAAGCUGAGGCCGAUUAUACAUUAACGCCACGCACAGAAGCCAAAUAUAAUAAAAUCGAUGAGGAAUUUCAGAAUAUGAUGCAGCGCAAUCAAAUGGCCAUCGGCGGUGUGGUUGGAGCUGGCGGCGGUGGUGGUGGCGGUGGUGCCGGCAAUGGUGGUCCAGGUGCACCCAGACAAUUGCCCAAUACUAGUUAUACGCUACCGGUAUCCGUACCGGUACCGGGCUCCUACGGUGAGAAUAUGCUGCAGGCCAGCCCACAAAUGUCCCACACAAACAUCAGCCCACGUCCAUCGAGUUCAGAGACGGAUUCAGGUGGGAUGUCCUUAAUAAUUUAUCCAUCGGGUUCCAUGUUGGAGAUGUCAAACGGUUAUCCACAUUCACAUUCGCCGCUUGUGGGAUCACCGAGUCCAGGUCCCAGUCCUGGCAUAGCUCAUCAUAUGCCUAUUAAACAACAAUCGCCGGGCAGCCAAAAUGGACGAGCUUCCAAUUUGCGUGUCGUUAUACCGCCGUCUAUAGGUCCCAAUAUGUCCACAGCUGAUGAUGUGGCCUAUGGAGAUCACCGCCAGAGUCAGACCUCAUUAAAUACGCCAGUGGUAACGCUACAGACGCCCAUACCUGCCCUCACCAGUUAUACCUUUGGGGCACAGGAUUUUUCCUCAUCGGGAGCCAUGAGUAGUGCGGAUAUUAUGAGUUUACCGCAAUGGCAUCCGGGUCUGACGCAGCACACUAGUCUAUCGCACUUGGCUGUCUCGAAUAGCACACCGCCGCCUGCCACAUCACCCGUCUCUAUCAAGGUCAAAGCCGAGCCACAAUCACCGCCACGUGAUCUCUCCGCCAGCGGGCAUCAGCAUAGUAAUGGCUCAACGGGUAGCGGUGGUUCCAGCAGCAGCACAAGCAGUAGCAAUGCCUCGGCCAGUGGCUUAGUUGUUGGUAUACCCACAGUUACGAGUGCUUCCAGUGUGUCAGUGGCCGCCAAUGUUAUAUCGCACUUGAAUCAGGCCAGUGUCCUGGCGGGUGCAUCAGGGGGUGGUGGUGGCGGCGGCGGCGGCCCAGCAGGCGGUAUUGUUGUUGGUAGCAAUGGCAAUGCCAAUGAACAGGCCACCAAUCUGAGCGUUCUAAGUCAUUCGCAACAGCAUCUGGUCAUGCCCAAUUCAAGGCCUUCAUCAACUGGUCAUAUUACACCCACACCAGGGCAUGAUAAGUAUGAAGGAUAUCCGUACCGCGCUCUAAUGGGACAUAAUCAUAAUCCUAGAUGGAACUUUGCCGGUACGCCUACCAGUGAACAGGAUGUGCGUCUGCAACAACAACAACAGCAGCAGCAGCAGCAACAACAACAACAACAGCAGCAGCAGCAACAUCAACAACAGCAGCAACAUCAACAGCAACAACAAUUAAACGACUAUGAUGCACCACAUCAGAAACGGCCCAGAAUAUCGGGCGGAUGGGGUACUUAGCCGGCACGUGGAGAAGUCUCUAGCAGCAAUUAUAAACAACAUUUACACCAUCAACACCAUCAGCAUCACAAUAGCAACAAGAAACCAGUCAACAAUAGUAAUAACGAUGAUCUAGCCAUGAUGCCGCCGCCACCACGUAAAGAUGUUACGCGAAGCAUUUCGAGCAGUUCAUUUCAUAUGACUGGCUAUGAUUGCUAUGGCCAGCAGCAACAGCAGCAGCAGCAGCAACAGCAACAUCUGGCUGUGUCCUAUGGACCGCAGCAACAUCAGUAAUAAUGUUGUUAGACCAGUGCAAUAUACGAUAAGUCAGAAGCUGGAACAUUUUUAUGGUUUAAAAUUGCAAUUAGUUUUUUAGUAAUGGAACAGUGACAGUGUCAUAUCUAUAAAUAAUUAUUGUAACUUAAACACACACACACACAUGCAUACAAAA